AUGUUGGACCCCUUUCCACCCGCCCCGGAAUGGCUACGGAGCUUUACUGAGCCCUAUGCUCUCUGGCUUAACAGUCCGACGCUUUCCGAACACAUCCACGAGGUGAUCCUGGCCUUUGCCUUCUACCUAUUCAUCCACGCCGUCGUCUCGCCAUGGCUUUCUCCGAUUCUCUUCCCAGAGUCUUACAACAAGCUCACACCGAGAACCAAACUGAACUGGGAUAUCCAUGUUGUCUCCCUAAUCCAGAGUAUCGCUAUCAACGUCGCCGCUCUAUGGAUCAUGAUCGUUGACCAAGAACGAAACUCCAUGACCUCCGGAGAGCGGGUCUUCGGAUACACAGGUGCCUGCGGCUUCGUCCAAGCCUUAGCCGUAGGCUACUUCGUCUACGACCUAAUUGUCAGCAUCAGACAUGUGCAAAUGUUCGGAAUUGGAUUACUCUUCCACGCCGUUAGCGCCUUAUGGGUAUUCAGUCUCGGCUUUAGACCAUUCCUAAACUACUACGCUCCAACUUUCAUCCUCUACGAGCUCUCGAGCCCAUUCCUCAAUAUCCACUGGUUCCUCGACAAGGUCAACAUGACUGGCAGCCGCGCCCAGUGGUACAACGGCAUGGCCCUGCUCGGAACAUUCUUCGGCUGUCGCCUAGUCUGGGGAACCUGGCAAUCAAUUAUCGUCUACAGUGACAUGUGGAACGCCCUGCAGCACACCUGGUCGGCAUCAUCAUCGCCGCUCUCAGAACCCGUCAGCGUCAACGCUCUCGUCUUCUAUCCUGCCCGUGAUGGCAGCAUGUGCAUUGACGAGACCUGUGCCCGCGCCAACGCUGAAAUCACCCGCUUUAAAGAGUACACUGCUGGCGGCGUGCCAACUUGGCUGGUUGUCACGUAUGUGGGCUCGAACUUGGUCCUCAACUUCUUGAAUUACUUUUGGUUCUCCAAGAUGGUUGAAACUGUUCUUAAGCGGUUCCGUGGGCCUUCUCAGGAUGCUGUUAAGGGAGAGAAGCAGGUGGAUGAGAAGAAGGCUGCCCAGCUAAAGGAGGAUAUCAUCCAUGAUGUCGUUCUUGAAGCUGCAUCCAAACUUGAGCAGGAGGAGAGCGCUAUCUUGAAGGGGGAUCUUUCCUCAUUGCAGGAACAGGUUUCUUCGGCUGUGGACUCUGGUCUUGGUGAGGAGUUGCGCAAGCGGAGAGCGGAGCUUGUUGCUAAGGUUCCUCUACCUGGGGCUUAA